AUGGCUCUAUCAAAGAGCGAAUCCGACAUAAUACUCAACAGGGCAAACGUCGCUCUAGCCCGCAGCCAACGCCUCGUCGCAUCCUGGCUCCCCGAGAAAACUACCUCCGGACUCGAAAACACAAAAUCCGAAGAAGAAAUUCAACGAGAAGAAGAUGAGAUUUUCACUGCUGUUCCUGAGACUCUCGGCGUCGGCGCCCCCCUCCCCGAAAAAGCCGCCGAUGGAAGUUGGAAUCGCACUGAGUUAAGCUCAAACGAUCAGUUGCGGAAACAAUUGUUGGGCAGGAAUUAUGAUAAAUUUAUGAAAGCCGCUGCGGAGAAGAAACAGGCUUCUGCUGCUGCUAAGGUUAGCGCAUCGCAGACGGCGGGGAAGACUGGGCCUUCCGGUUCUGCUGGGGUUAAUAACGACGACGAUGAAGAUGAUGAGGAGGAGGGGAGGGUUUCCAUGGUUGGUAUGAAGAAUAAGAAGAGGAGGAGGGGGGUUGAGAAGUCUCGUGCUACUGCCUCUGGCGCUGGUUCCGCGGCGAGCAAUAGCAAUGGCGAUGAUGCAGUCGAGAAGGGGGAUAAUGGGGCGGUCGAGACUGAGGAGCCUGUUAAUGUUAAACAGGCCCCGUCGAAGGGCAGGAAAAAGGCUACGAGUUAUUUGGAUGAGCUUUUGGCUGAGAGGUCGAGGAAGAGGAAGAAACGGUGA